UGACUCCAGCACUUCCACGUAGGCCAGGCAAGUUAAACAUUAGCGUACUCGCGCGCUGCGAUUGCAUGAACACAUGUACAAGGCUAUCCACAGCCUACCUAGUCACAAGUAGGCCUAGCCACAUGUAGCAGCUAUACAUACAAGUAGAUAUUGCGCGGAACGGAUCGGGAGUACGAGCUUAGACACUCAGGUGUCACCGUGCGUCCUGCUACCAGAGCCAAGCAUUAUACUGCGUGUGUUGUUUGGGAUUUCUCUCGCUCAGGACCGUUCCUCUGCCUCCGAGCACAGUGCAAUCUGAUUACAUCAGUGUGCUGAGCCACCUCAGUGACAUCAUGCCACGGCUCUCACUCAGACGUGUGGUGACCGGAGUCACCUUCUUGAUCGUUGUGUCUCUCGGAGUAUCGCUGCUGUCCGGGGACGACUCGCAGGGCGCGCAGGUGUACGCCGCAAAACGGUCACAUCCACGGGCCAGAGCUAUGGACAUGAUGAGAGACAGAGAACAGGGGCAUGCGAUCCAGAAAAGAAAAGCGCCAAAACAGCCAGAACCCCCAGCGGUAGACAGAAAACUUAAUGCUGUCGUUCCUAAACGAGCUGACGAAGAAAAGCAGAAGUCUGGAGACCAGAUCCCAAACAUCGUCCACUUCUUCUGGUUAACGGAUCAAGACUUCGGAUUCCACCACUUACUCAGUGUGCUGAGCGCGCACAAGAUGUUAGGAGCGGAGCAAAUCAUGUUCCACGCCGCGGCAAAACCGAAGGGAAGAUGGUGGAAGGAGGCGGAGGCUAUCCCCACGCUCAGAUUGGUUCCAUGGGGCUCCGAUGUCCCGGAGAAAGUGUCACGGCAGAUGGAGGUUCGUGCCCGGUUAGAGGCCCUUAUGCAGCACGGUGGGAUGUACCUAGGCACGGACACCAUCGCCCUCCGCCCGUUCGACGAGCUACGUCGUCUGGACUGCGUGAUGGGAAGAACAGGCGACGGUCUGAGCGACCAAGUCCUUCUGGCCAGCCAAGACGCCAGUUUCCUCAAGACGUGGUACAAGACGCUUCUGCAGGGAAAGUUCAAGGAGGCGAUCGAGGUGGCGGCGAAGCAGCCAGACCUCCUGCACGUGGAAGACACGAGGCUGACCAGACCGAGGUGGACGGACUGGUGGGACCUCUCCAACCUGUACCGCGAGGGGGAGACCGUGGACUUCUCCGAUAGCUACGCCAUCCAGCUCGCGUACGACCAGUACAACCUCGGGCACACUCCCGACAGCAUCCUUACGUUAGACUCGACAUUCGGCAGGAUAGCCCGGACAGUUUACCACGGGGCGCAAGAACUGAAAAAGAGCGAGAAGAAGGUUGCCGAGCCGAACACAAACGCCGUUGUGCCAAACAUCGUUCACUACCUGUGGUUCGGAGAGAGAGAUUUUCAGCUCCACAACUUGAUCAGCAUGAUGAGUGCACGGCAGCAGCUGAAGGCCCCGAUCAGGUUCCACACGGACGAAGAACCGGGCGGCCGCUACUGGGCCGAGGCCAAGCUGAUUGACGAGCUGACCGUCGUGGAACGCGCGGCGCCGAACGCGACUCUUGGUGAGACGGCGGAGGACGCCAUACUACAGAUCUUGCGCGAGGACGGAGGUAUCUACCUGGAUGCUGACGUCAUCGUCAUCAAACCUUUUGAGAACCUGAUGAAGUAUGACGUCACUAUGGGACGGUCCCCACGUGGGCUCAGCUUCAUCACCAUCAUCGCUAAGAAGAAAGCCUACUUCGUCCAAAAACUACAGAAGAUGAAGAGGACUCGGUCUGACGACUACGAAGAGCUGGCGUUAGACGCAGCAGUGGACAGACCCGAUCUGGUCCACGUCGAAGAAAAUACUUUGUCCAGACCACGUCUAAGCGACUGGAAGGACCCGUCCCUUCUCUUUGUCGAGAAUAACUCUGGCUGGUCCGAUAACUUCGCCAUCAAACUUUUCUACGAUCUGUACGCUCAAGACCACAAUCAGUACGACAUCGUCAACCUACGUACGACGUUCGGUCAGAUCGCGCGCUCCGUGUACUACGGCUCCCCUCGCCUCAUCACGGACGGGUCGCAGCCCCGCCUGUACCCCCGGGAAGACUAUGUGGUGCCUAACGUGGUCCACUAUGUCUGGUUCACCUGUCAUGACUUCCGCUUUCACCACCUGUUGAGCGUACUCAGCGCGCACCGCUACAUCAAGCCUGACCACAUCUACAUCCACUCCGACUGCGCUCCCAGCGGCCACAACUGGGAUGUGGCAAAGGAGAAGAUUGGGGAGAUCCUGAAGGUCGUCCCUGCCGAACAGCCGGAGGAAAUCUUCGGCAACCCGAUCCACAACAUCCCGCACAGAUCGGACAUCACGCGUAUGGACGUCCUCCUGAAGCAGGGCGGGAUCUACCUGGACUGGGACGUCUUCGCCCUCAAGUCCUUCGACCCCCUGCGAAGGUACGACUACGUCAUGGGGAACGAGAUCGCCGGGCUGAACAACGGCGUCAUUCUGUCCAAACCGAACGCAGAGUUCCUUAGGAUUUGGUACGACAACUACCACCACUUCGAUGACGGUAAGUGGAACUUCCACUCCGUGAUGGAGCCGUGGCGCCUGGCCUCGGAGCACCCGAACCUGAUCCACAUGGAGCUGACGGGCCUGUCCCGCCCCGAUUGGACCGACUGGUGGGACAUGAAGCGGAUGUGGAACGAAGACGUGCUGGAGGACUGGUCCGAGGCAUAUGCCAUCCACUUCAUCUACUCAUACCACAAUGAGGAACACAACCCUGAGGACAUCAAGAGGAUGAGAGGAACAUUUGGAGAGCUGGCCAGAUGGGUUUACUAUGGGCAGAAAGAGGCUAUAGAGGAUUAAUGAUGUUUUAAUUUAGAUAAUAACUUUAUAUAUAGUGCCAUGUUGUACAAAACAAAAACUUUCUAUUGUGAAACCUACAAAGGGUUUAUAUCAAAGAUGACUUAAUGUCAAUGACUGACCUGCUUUCUGAAGGAACAGGACAAAUGUGAUUUGGCUUUAGUUAAUAAGAAUGAGUUUUUAUUUGUUGCAUUAACUUUGACAAUGUUGACAACUACUGAUGAACUUAUAGCUUGUGGAAGAGGGCAAUUAAUCAUUAUGAAGUUCAUAAUCUCAUUCCUGAUGAGGAACAUUUGAGAACUACAUUUGUAUUUCAAAAAACAGAUGAUCUUUAACUGAAAAGCUAAAAAUACUAAGUAUUAAGUGAUGUAAACCUGAACAAAAGAAUGUAGUUGGUUUAUUGGCAAGUUUCUCAAAUCAAACAAAACAUCACUAAAGACAGUUAAGUUUAGUUCUUGGGUUCAAGUGAGGUCAUUCACUAGAUAGAUAUUUAUCAAUUCAUCAUACCUGUAAUAUGGCUCACUCUAUCAUUUAUGUUACAUAAAUAUACACUGCCCUAUCAUCUUACACAGUCAACCAUCAAAAUGGAUAAUAAAGCGACUUGUAAAAUUA